UCGCUGAAAAUAGGCCGACAUUAAUUCACAUUCACAAGUUAGAGAUUUCAAUUGUUUCAUACAUGUUUGCUAGAAUCUAAAUCUUAAGCAAUAGUAUUUUCUCGGACUCCGAGUUUGAGAACUGCUGCUCCAGUUUCCCGAUUUCCAUCAUGUCGGAUAACAGUGUCUCGCUACAAUCUCCCGCCACAAUGCCCAACCAGACGGGCACACCCGGCGAUCAGCGGGUCAAGUUCCUGGUCAACAGUGAGCUCCUUUCGGAUGUCACGUUUUCGGUCGGCCAGAGCGGCGGUGGUGGUACCCUAAUCUACGGUCAUCGGUUCCCACUGGCCGCGGCUAGCGAUGUCUUCUACGAGAUGUUCACACGGGAAAACGGAGGGAAUGGGGAACCGAUUGGGGUGCCCGAUAUGGAACCGGAUACGUUUUUGGAGAUGCUCAAGUUUGUGUACUACGACAAUCCCACUUUGAGGGAGGACAAUCUGGUGGAACUGUACUAUGCCGCCGUUAAGUAUAACUUGAGUGGACUGAGGAGUCGCUGCCAGAGGUUUGUGUGCCAAGAGGAAGCUUCGGUGGUGAAAGUUUUUACGGCCAAUGUGAAGCAUGGGUUCGAAGAACUGAACAAGGUAUGUCUGAAGACGAUCUGUGCCAAUCCGUUGGUGAUAUUCAGAAGUUCGGACUUUUUGGAACUGCCGCUGGAAUUGGUGGAGAGAAUUGCUAGUCAAAGAAAGUUGCGAUGUAACGAUGAUCAGCUGAUGGAUGCGUUGAAGAGGUGGACCCAACAUCAAGACGGGAUGGCCAAUCGACAGGAAGCGCUUGCUAGGUUGAAACAGCAGGUUCAGAAACAGCAAGAACUCAACAGGGACUAUCAGUGCAGAAAAUGGCUGUUCUUCGGACCCAUCUGCUACACGGUCGAUGCAUGCAAGGGUACAUUCCACGUGACAGCCGUAAAGAAUGUUGGUCUCUACGGAGUCGGAAUCUAUGUGGGCUGCCACGACAACGAAAUGCCAGUUGCAAUUUCCAUCCUGGUCAUGAGUGGCGACAAGAUGAUCAGAAGGUGGCAAGCAAACGUUCCGAUCAAGGAAGAUAUCUACGUGUAUGACUGUAUGUUUGAAAGAGUCUCGCUUUGUGCCAAUGCCAAGGUGACGAUAAUUUGCGAUGGGCCACGAAAGACGGAAGGCCCUCUGAAGAAAUUUACCUUCUGGAAUCGAGGCUUCACGUGGACCGGAGACAACUCGGUUCUAAAAGUGGAGGACGAUCGUAACUAUGAGCAUACAGCUAUCGCUUACAUUCUCUAUCAAACAAAAGACUUUAAUGAUUCAAUUUAA